CUAGUUUCCUAGCUUUUUAAAAGGACCGAGCGUGCACGUGGAGCGUGCCUCUGUGCACUUUUAGCUUUUAGUAAAUAACAAUCGUAAACUGGUGUACUCGAUACAACCGCCUAACGACAUUGCGUUGCAGAAACUAUUAUUAUAGAUUUAUACCAACUUCUCAACGUUUAAUGCUAAUGGCGGCUUUCUUUGUCACUUGUAACUUGUAGCCAAUUUCACGUCGAACACGGUACACGCGUUGCUUAUAAUUCUCUUAGAAAUGUUUCUCUCGGAGCUCUUCGAUAUACCGUUCGUUUAAAGCAUUUCUAGAUAUCAGUGAAAUAUUCUAUAUUUACCAAUUAUGAUAUACUACUCGUAAAAACAGAUAUCGAAUCAUUAAAAUCGAAAAGAAAUGGCUCUUUUCAACGUAACUUGCACCAUGUUUCGCCUACAUCGGCAUGCCAGCAUGCAAUUCCAAUCGAUCAAAACAACGGUUAACGUAUUAUUAAAUCCAACUCGAACAUAUGUAAGAUGGAUGAAUCGUAGACCAGUUGCAAUUGUUAACGAAGAAGAACUUUACGAUACCGAGGACACUACCAAGGAAAAGUUUAUAGAAAAAAGGGAAGCUCCAUCGAAGAAACCGAUCAGAAAGGAACAGAGCAAAAAAGCCACGGAUACUUCUGCUUCUGAGAAGAAGAAACCGUUCACUGUAUUCGAACAUAACGAUAAAACUAUAACAUCUUUAAUGACCAAAGUUAAAUCACGAAAAAGAAGAGAGAAGAACGAUAUGAUCAUUUUAGAAGGACACAGAUUAAUCAACGACGCGGUCAAGGCUGGUGCAGAGUUAGAUAUAUUGCUUUUUAAUAACAAAGAUGAUUUAAAUCUAUUGAAUCUUCCUAGCAACGCGCAACUUUACAAAGUUCCAUAUAAAACUAUUCAAUUAUGGUCUAGUUUAUUUCAUUCUCCUGGACUAAUAGGAAUUUUCAAAACUCCCGACGUGUCUAAUAAUGCUCCUGCUGAAAAUGCAUUACCGCUUACCGUUAUUUGCGACAAUAUCAGAGACCCAGGAAAUUUGGGAUCGAUUAUGAGAGCUGUUGCAGCUGUAGGCUGUGAAAAAUUAAUACUAAUUAAAGGUUGCAUCGAUCUGUGGGAUCCGAAAGUUCUUCGAGCUGCGAGCGGUGCUCAUUUUCGAGUGCCCAUUCACGCGUUUCCAACAUGGGCCGACAUUUCACCGUUGCUAAGCGAAGACUCCAACGUUUUCGUAACAGACAGUAACUUCAGAGAUGAGUUUCUGUCGCAUUAUAACACUGAAACGCUAGAACCCAGCAUGGGGAUAUUUAACGUCGAUCCGGAACUAUUGAAAUUAAAGACUAUCGACAGCAAUAACGAGAAUGAAACCGUAAAAUCUAAACUGAGAACACCACUGAAUAAGAAAACGAUGGCAGAGUUUUUGUUGAAACUUCCUAUUGUACCAUAUUACACUAUAGAUUAUACGAGAAAAGAAAUCGUUCUUGUCCUAACCGGUGAAACGGAAGGUUUGACUGUCGAUUCGUAUAAAUUCUUAAACGAACGGAAUGGUAUACGUAUCAAUAUACCAUUGGCAAACGGAGUCGACAGUUUAAAUACAGGAGUCGCUCUUGGCAUUGUUACGUUUGAAAUAAAAAGGCAAUUUAUAAAGAGACAAAACGAACUUUAAUAAAGAUAUAUCGAUUAAUUUCUGCCUUAUUUGAUGAUGAUGAUGAUGAUGAUGAUGAUGAUGAUGAUGAUGAUGAUGAUGAUGAUGACGAUGACGAUGACGAUGACGAUGAUGACGUUGAUGUUGAUGACUUUAUAAAUGAUAAAGCUUUAACUCUCAUUGCCGAUGGGUUGAGCAGCAGCCGGACGAACUGUGAAAUUUCAGAGUAACAGAAGCUGUAUUAGAAGAAUUGUUCGUAUUAGAUCCGUUCGUUACGGAACACUUACUGGUACAAGUUUGAGGCUGGAAUUUGAUGUCGUCGAUAGCGAAACCUCCAUUGCUGGCGCUUCCUCGCAAGACAAGGUGGUAAGGUAGACGCGCGUCUAUCGUAACUUGUGCCGCCGUCCAUACGGGUCUAGGAUUAUUAAACCCUUUUGCCGUUAACGACCACAACUGAAAGGAAAAUGAACCGAAAUUGAAAUUGAAAUUGAAAUUGAAACUGAAAUCGAAAGUUUUACGUUUCCUUCUAUUCGGAGUAGAGGCGUCUUACGGGUUGCUCCUGGUUCCCAUUAUCUUCCUGACUGGCUUUCCCUUCUUCGACGUUGAUCUUAAUGAUUUGCAGCGUGGUAGACUCCUCGACUCCAAACGCAGCGAACCAAAAAGUAAAGCAAACGGAUUCUUCGUCCGGCGAGCUCUGUAUAAUUGGCGAUCGUAGUCGUACGUCGGUUGACUUUUUAUUGUUGGUGAAAAUGUCGAAGAAAACAAAGUCACCGGUUGCUCCGAAAGUUUUGUCCAGCAACUGAGCCGGUCGAUGAGCGAGGAAAGCACGUUGCCAAGUAACGGCGCGUUCAUUGUCCGAGGAAGUAAUGUUUUCCCAACCGCACAAACCUUUCUCGAAGCUGCAAUCUUCCGGCCUUACCGAUGCACUCGGCGGUUUCACUGGAUUUAAUUGAAUCGCGGUUUAAUUGAGCGAUUAUUUGAAAUGCAAGCGAAAACGGGCAGAAUAGUCCACAACUGACCUGUACAGUUGCCGGUAUAAAAGGAAACGUCGUCGAUACCUAUGUGGCCGCUAGCUCGAUUCGGACCCCAAGUAGCCUCGAAGACCACGUCAAAAUUUCUCUUUUCGUUUACGUUCACCUGCGCGUAAUUCCACGUGGGCCCUUGAUUAUUGUAUAGUCGCCAAAUUGGUCUGGAUUCGACGGAAGAGUCCCCGGUUAUCUGCACAGAUACUCGAAGUACUCCUUGAAAGGUGAAAACGCUGUUAAGAAACUCAAAGUAUCUCUCGUAUCUGAUCGUUAUUCUGAAUGCCGUUGUUAUCAUGAUAUCGUGGACACACCUAGACUCGGUCCGGUAGAAUCGAUAAAGGAUUCGAACAUAAAGUACCAAAAAGUGAUGCAAAGAGGCUCCUCGGUGGGUUUGAUCUCACGGCUGAUGAGCUGCGCCGUACCUCCUCCGGAGGAUCGAGGCCCUCCUCGCGGACGUCCCAGUCCGAGGAAAAACUCGUUCCUCCGAUUGAUCGUGUAGCCGUUACUGUACAGUUUCCGCUGGUUUCUCGGGCUGAGCGCUUGAAACGAUACCCUUUCCCAUUCGACGCGAUCGGGGUCUCUGGAGUUGAUCCAGUCGCAUUCGUCGACUUCGAAACUGCAGUCUCGGGGUGUCGGUGCCGCGACUUGGGGUGACACUGUUCGGAGAAACGACCAUUUUUCAACGAAUCCUCGGAUCAGAAUCCUCUGAUCUCGAGAGAACCGAGGAACGAGAGAAUGCGUUCGUCGAAGCGUGUCUACCCGGACAAGAUCCUUGAGCGAAGGAGAUAUCGUCGAUGGCGAUGUCUCCCAUCCCGGAAUUCCCUACCGAAGCCUCGAACACCAACUGGAAGUCGUCCAGGGAACCGAUCGUGAUCUCAGCGAUGAACCAGGUAUUUCCAGCGUUUCCGGUCAACGCCCAAAUUUCUCGAAGCGGCGCGUCCAGGCUGCGGAAGUGACGCACGAACAGUUUCAAGCUCCCGAUCCCGGCACCGAACAUAUGAAACCAGAAAUGCAGACACAUGGGAGUGUCGGGAUUCGGCGCAGGGAAGCUCGUGCUGAGAAGCCUGGCCCUGUCCCCCGGUCUGCGAGGAAACGAGGAGUCUAUGUACGCGUACCCUCCACCGGUCGAACGCUCGCCGGAACUAUCCAUGGCUGGCCCGGUCGUUGGAUUUCCGCUUCCUCGGCUCUGACGGAUUCGAACAUGCGCAUAAUAAUAUCCUAUUCAU